UGUAGUUGUGCAGUUGAAUAUAUGUGAUCGAUCUGAUAUUUUAAAAUUUUCAAUAAUCGAUAAAUACUAUCCCUCUUUCAGUUUUGAGAUUAGUAGAAACUGCAGUUGCAUUUUUAUAUUUGUUAUUUUGUUUAAUAUUAGUAUAAUACAUUCACUUGCUAACUAAAUAUGUCGAACGACAACUUGAAUAACGUUGUCCCGAAGGAACUUGGUGCAUGGAACCCAAUGCGCGAUGAUUAUACCAAUUCAAAAUUUAAUAAAUAUAGCAGUGGUCCUGGAGCUUAUUUAGAUGCUGCUUUACAUCCACUCCAACAAGCUGAAGCAGGAAACAAGCAAAGGUCUCUGAUUUCGAAGAAUGUGAAUGAUAGUUCGACUUCAAAAUUUACACCUUAUUUGGUACUAAAGCAUUUGCCACCUGGAAUUACUAAGAAAGCCAUUUAUAAUAUUUGUACUCGUCAUGGACGAGUCAGCGAUGUUCGUGAUAGUACAAAGAAUGAUUACUUUUUCAUUGAUUUUCCAACUGUGGCCGAAAUGGAAUCCGUUUAUCGUGCUUUAAUGGAGAAUCAAUACGGUUUUCAUGUGCUGGUAGGAAAGCAAAAAAAUAAGCAGGAAACUGAGCCUAUACUUUCAGAUAUUGAAGAAACUCUGCCGUCAAUAGAAACAGAAAAGAACAUCAUUGAUUUUGAACACAGAAACUACCGAUCAUCUGAAAAAAAUUUACCUCGACCACACUUUGGACACACUCCAAUUGUGAAUCAUAAGGAUUAUGAAACGAAAGAUUCGCUUCUGCAACGUAACGAUCCACAACGGCAUUUUCUUAUUACCGAAGAUGCACACGAGCUUGAACGAGCAGGCCUGAAGGACUACAACGAUUUAAACAAUAUGGAGACUUCCAAGUACAAAUAUCGUACAGGCAGAGCGUUCAUUGAGAUGUCUGAGCAGUCUAAAACAUAUAUUGAAGAAAAGUCACGUCAAUCUUUGGGCGGCUAUGACUGGUCACGACAAAUAUAUGAAAAUAAUCAUAAUAAUAGAGGUAUCCAGAGACCUAAAGAUAUUGGACAAUGUGCAAAUUGUAACCGAACUUGUGAUAUAGUUUGUGCACGGUGUCAAACAUAUUUUUGCGGUUUGGAAUGCCAACGUAAGGCCUGGCCAAAGCAUCGCCAAAUUUGCGGUAAAGAUAAUAUAAAAAACAGUUUUAAAGGCUUAAAUGAAAAUUUGGAAAAUAAGUGUUUUGAAGAGGAAAAAGUACACAUAGAAUCAAACAAUAAAGAAAAUCAAGUUUCUCCGAACACGUCAACUUCUUCCGGUGUUGUUGAAAAAUCUAUUGAGAUGCAAUCAAGAAAAAUACCUCGCAGUGGUAAUUUAGUUGCACUUACUGCCAUUAGCAAAACGAAUAUAGUAUUUAUAAGAUCGAAGGCUGAUGAAGAUAAUUUAAACUUCUUUAAAUUUAUUAAUAAUGUUCAGAGUGCGGCUAAGCAGCUAAAAAAAUUGUCGAAAGCACCAAUUUGUGGACAGAUUGUCAUUACUAAUUUCGCGGGACAGUAUAAUCGUGCUAUGAUACUUAAUAGUGACAAUGAACAACACAUAAAAUUAGUUUAUAUGGAUUAUGGUAAUUUGGAUGCAAGAAAAUUGGAGGAUAUGUAUGAAGCACCCGAGCAGUUCAUUCAAGUACAACGGUUUGUGGAGCCGGUAAUAUUAAAAGAUGUACCGGAAAUGUAUAUGACCGAAGAAAUUCGUAAAUUUAUGUAUUCAUAUUUGGAUGGUAUUGAUUUGGUAGUUAAGUAUGAUGAAAAAAACGAUUUGUUAUCCGACAAGGGUGUUUAUGAAGUUGAAUUAUUUGAUGGCACUACAAAUCAAAAUUUCAAUAAAAUGGUAGCCAAACUUUGCAAACCAACCGAGCCAACUAAUCCGGAUGAAGCAUAUUACGUUAAUCAUUUACCUCAGAAGCAAUUACCAGAAGGCGACAACAUAGAACUGGUUGUUAUGGACAACUCUCUUCUUUGUACCGGUUGUAUAUCAUGUAGUACAAAGAAAUGGGCCAUCGAAAUUGAAAAAUUUCAAAGUGAUCUCCAGCUUUAUGGCGAGUCGUUAAAGGAUCAAUGCUAUACACCGCGUAUCGAUGAACUUUGCAUUGCUAAAUAUAAAAUUGAUGGUAAAUGGUAUCGUGGUCGUUGUCUGGAAAUCGUGGGUGAUGGUUUCCCGAGCAUCAUAUUCUUCGACUACGGAAACAUUGGAAUGGUCAACGUCAAGAAUAUUAGGCGUUAUCCAGCACAGUUUACUUUUCCAAUUUACACUUGCGAUUGUGAAAUUAAAGGGUUGCCGGAACAGUGUGAGGCCGAUUUGGUUCAGAAAUUGGAAGAACUUAUACCUAAUGGCAGUACGAUUCAUUGUGAAAAUGUGACGGUCUAUAAGGAUGACAACUUCCACGCAAUAACUUUACCUAAACUAAUCCACAAUCUUAAGGCCGAGGGAUUAUUGAAAGAAAAAGUCUAAAAACUUAAAUCCAGUUUAAAUAUAUAUUUAUUCAAUUGUUAUUAAAAAACAACAACGAAAAAUAUAACGCUACUAUAACAAAUUA